AUGAAGUACAUCAGCUUGAUGCUCUCUUUGGCUGGAAUGAGCCUUGCUGCCUGCGGCAGCCUAACCCUCACCAGCCAACUCGACGUCGAUACCCAAGUCUCCUGCUCAACCAUCAACGGCGACGUCAAGAUCUCCUCCGAGUUCAUCGGCAGCCUCAGCCUUUCCGGCGUGAAGAAGAUCAACGGAAACCUGAACGGAACCAACAUAUACCAUGCCUCCUCGCUGAGCUUCCCUGACCUAGAGCACGUCGGCGGUGCGCUGCGUCUGACGGGUGGAUUCAACGAGAUUUCGAUGCCCUCUUUGGACGAGGUCAAGGGCGGGUUCAGACUUGCCAGCACACAGAACCUUCCCUGCGAGCCUUGGGAUGCGUUGAACAAGAAUGACCGGAUUCUGGGGCAUUAUUCGUGCCAGGCCUAUGCUACUCCAGAUAUUUCCGCUUAG